AUCAGGGCGACGGUAAAGGACGUAGCUGGUGAGGCGAGAGGCAGAUGGUGUCGCGCAGCUGAAUUAGAGAAAAACAGAAGUCGUCCACAAGCGUCUAUAGCUGAAAUAUAAAUGUGAAUAAUACACCUCAGAAUAGUCAAGUAAUGGCAAGUGAAGUACUGUGCAGACCAGCAUUGCCACUUUAGAGUUUGCUGCUUGGAAGUUGCUGUUUUCAUUGUGUGUUGUGUUGUGAACUUUAAAUGUAUCAACACACAGAAUGGAACAGAAAAGAACUGCAGCUCAUAAUAAACAGCGAUGGUUAUAACAAACUAUUAGCCAAUCAGAUUGAUGAAAAAAUUCAUUUGGAUUGUGAUUGGCGGGUGACUGAGCCCUGUCAACCUAAAGUUCAUCCAUGACUGACCUUAAGCCCCCCACUUGGGUAAGGGGACAAGGGCCAUAAUUUUGAAAACCAAAGGACCAGUUGUGCCAUUGCUUCCCUUGGGCUUCUUUCUCUCUGUCUCUCUCUCUGUCCCUCUAAUAAUGGGAAGUAUUAUAUGUUCUCAGUAAAAUCGCACUAACUCAGUAUCCUUUAGGUCAUAUCCUUUCUCAGUGGGCCAAGGGAAGGCCAUCACUCAAGGGAACCACAACAUUAGGGCACACAAUCCAAGAAAAGAAAGAAUUUCAUACUAGUACUACCACCCAGGAGUCUCCUUUCAGCAUAUGCCAUGGAGAAGAAAGGAAAUGUAGACAUUAAGGAAGAAGACGGUGAAUUGGAACCUAUGCAACAUCUGAAAAAGAUUAUUGACUUUGAGGACGCAAAGGAUUGUAAAUGGGAACCAAUAGUCAUUAAAGAUGAGUCGGAGUCAACCUCUUUUACCACUGACUUGCAAAAAAAUGAAUUUGUAAAGCAUGUCAAGGUAGAGGACUUUAAAUCAGAGUCUGUUUCUCAAGAGUCUCUGUGUCCAGAUGAAGAGCUAACUGGAAUGGACUUCACAAACCGUAGACCUGGCUCCCUCCAGAAUCAUGCUGUCCAAGUGAAGACUGAACCUUUGGAUUGUGACGUGCAGGAGACUGAAGAAGCUUCAUGCUCGAGGUAUUCUGGAGAAGAUUUACAAGAAAGUGGCACUUUCUUCCCAUCUUCAUUUCCUGAUACUGCUCUUCACUCUAGACCACAGCAAAAUGAAUGCUUGAACAAACUGACAUCAGAAACGGAGAGUUUGAUUCCCACCUCUUUGGCAGAUAUGAAGUUAACAAGUAUAAAUUCAAGCAACACUCAAGAGCGGGUGCAUGAUACAAAUUCAGCUGCAUUGUUCGUCCGCCAAGAGCAUACUAAAACUUCUACACAAAAAUCUAGAACCAAGCAAAAGAAGAGUCGUACACAACGGAAGCCUUUUUGCUGUACUGAUUGUGGAAAACAUUUUUCCCACAAAUGCCAUCUUCAAGCCCAUAUAAGAAUUCACACUGGAGUAAAGCCAUAUUGCUGUUCUCAAUGUGGCAAACGAUUCUCACAACUAGGUCACCUUCAGAAACACACAAGUAUUCAUACUAGAGAGAACAGAUUUUCCUGUUCUGAAUGUGGUGACCAAUUCUUCGAUAAACGCAGUCUUCAUUCACACACGAGAGUUCACACUGGAGGAAAUCCAUACCGUUGUUCUGAGUGUGGGAAACAAUUCAGCAAGAGUAGUCAUCUUCAAACCCACACACUAAUUCACACUGGAGGGAAACCAUAUUGCUGUUUUGACUGUGGCAAACGAUUCUCACAAAUAAGCAACCUUCAGACUCACAUGAGAAUUCAUACUGGAGAAAAACCCUUUUGCUGUUCUGAAUGUGGGAAACAGUUUGCUAAAAAACGCAAUCUUAAGUUACACACAACAAUUCACUCUGGAGAUAAGUUAUACAGCUGUUCUGAGUGUGGGAAACAAUUCACUACCAGUGAUAAUCUUCAGAUUCACAGAAGAAUUCACACUGGGGAGAAACCAUAUUGCUGUUCUGAUUGUGGCAAACGAUUCUGCACCAGUAGCAGUUUUCAGACCCACAAAAGAAUUCAUACUGGAGAGAAGCCAUAUUGCUGUUCUGAUUGUGGUAAACAUUUCAACACUAGUAGCAGUCUUCAAAGACACACAAGAAUUCACACUGGAGAAAAACCGUUUUGCUGUUCUGAAUGUGGAAAACAGUUCACCAUCCGUAGUGAUCUUCACAGGCACACAAGAAUUCACAGUGGAGAGAAUUCACACUCGAAAGGCCUGAUGGAUGAUUACAUAGAAAGCCAGAAGAAUCUCAGCCUGCUCAAUCACUUCCAUUGUCCGUUCUGCAGUUGUGAAUUUUGUUUAGUGGCGAGAAUGUCCGCGAAAAAGAGGUUUAAGUUCCAGCGUGCAGAGGGCUCUACGGCUGAACAUUGUUGUGUACCUUUAUGUUCAGCUUCCAGUAAGUACAACAAAGUCCUUAGUUUUCAUACAUUUCCCACCGAUGUGGAAACCCGAUCUAAAUGGAUCGUCGCUAUCCGGAGAGAGAACUUUACAGUUGGUCGUCAUACCCGAGUUUGUAGCCGGCAUUUUAAAAAAGAGGAUUUACGGGAACCACGGUCUGAGACGGGGCGCCGACUGUUGAAGAAGGGAGCGGUCCCUGCUUUGUUUGAGUGGAACAAUUUCUCCGUUCCACUUUCAAGGCCGGGGGUUUGGGAGAGGAGAAAGCGACCGACGGAUCAUGCCCCACCGGACCACAAGGAGGAUGAGGAUGAUGGUAAAAUCCUUGAGGUUCACGACUACCCUUCGGCUCCGGAUCCAGCAGUUGAUGACCUGGCGCUUGAUGAAAAUGUGUCUCUCAGAGAGGAGGUCCUCCAGUUAAGGAAACAAAUUGAGACGCUUACAAUGAAGAAGCGGUUUGCCGUUCACCAUUUUGCUGGCUCUGACAGAGACAUUCGCUUUUUUACAAGAGACUCUGAGGUUAGUGCCUGUGCGGGCAUCGUUCAGCGCAAGUCAGGAACCAAUUCCGAAGAGGGUGCCAGUCUAGCUUGGAGCCCUGCUGCACAUGCAGUCCCAUUUAGUCAUACCAGAGUAAAGGAGGAGGUAAAACCAGCAGUCCAGGAGCCCCUUAAAAUGAGAUUUAAAUUUGGAGAGCAAAGCUUAGCAGGUGUGAGGAAUGACAAGGAAGGGUCAGAUUCCACACUAUUGAGGAGCCUUGUUUUCAAGUACUUUAUGGAGAAAAGAAAUAUAACCAUUAAGGAAGAGGACUAUAAAUUGGAAUCGGUGCAUCAUGAACAGGACAGCGACAUCGUUAAGAAGGAAGAAUAUGAAGAAGUGUUAAUAGACACUGAACACGAAUAUGAACUCUCAUCUGAUGGAAUUGACCAGAAUAAGAGUGAAGCUGUAGAUGGUGUCAAGGAAGAAGACGUUCAAUCUGACUUUGCAAACGAAGGACCACAUGCUCUACAGACUCCUUCCAGCAAUGUGAAAUUUGAAUCUUUGGAGUUGGAUGCGAAUACAACCGAGAAAGCAUCCUGUCCAAGUCGUAAUGGAGAAGAUUUACAAGAGAGUGGCAGUUCCUCUUCAUUUCCACUGACCCUGCUUGACUGCCGACAAGAACAGAAUGAAAAUACAAGGAUUUUGACAUCAGAGAUGCUGACACCCACCAUUUUGCGGUUUACUUAUUUGCCUGCUGGUAAGCUAACAAAGGUAAAUGGAAAGAAUGUGUCUUUGUGCCAAGAGCAGAAGAAUAUGUUCAAGCAGAAAUCCUGCUAUGACAAGUGGAGUCUUAUAAGACAAAGGCCAUACUGCUGUUCUGAAUGUGGCAAACGAUUCUUAAAAAAUAGCCAUCUUCAGAGUCACAUAAGAAUUCACACUGGAGUAAAGCCAUUUUGCUGUUCUGAAUGUGGCAAACAAUUCUUUAGAAAUAGCAAUCUUCAGAUUCACGCAAGAAUUCACACUGGAGAGAAGCCCUAUUGCUGUUCUGAAUGUGGCAAACGAUUCUCACAAUCAUGUAAUCUUCGUCUCCAUCAAAGAUUCCACACUGGAGAGAGGCCGUACUGCUGUUCUGAAUGUUUUAGGCGGUACUUCAGCAGAAGUGACCUUCUCAAACACUUAAGAGUUCACUCUGGAGAGAAGCCAUAUUGCUGUACUGAAUGUGGCAAACAAUUCUCUCGCAGUAGUUAUCUUCAGAGACACAAAAGAAUUCACACUGGAGAAAAGCCGUAUUGCUGUAGUGAAUGUGGCAAAAGAUUCAACACUGUCAGCGCUUUUAAGGUCCAUAACAGAGUACAUUCUGGAGAGAAGCCAUUCUGUUGUACUGACUGUGGCAGAACAUUUCGUAACCGUGGCAAUCUGAAGAAACAUACAGUAGUUCACACUGGGGAGAAGGCAUAUUGCUGUAGUGAAUGUGACAAACGAUUCUCACAAUUAGGUCAUCUUCGUCUCCACAGACGAAUCCACACUGGAGAGAGGCCGUACUGUUGUUCUGAAUGUGGCAGACGGUACUUUAGUAGUAAAGAUCUUCAGAAACACUUGAGAGUUCAUUCUGGAGAGAAACCAUACUGUUGUACUGAAUGUGGCAAGCGAUUUCUUAACAGUACUAAUCUUAAAAACCACAAAAGAAUUCACACUGGAGAGAAGCCAUUUAGCUGUCCUCAAUGUGGUAAACGAUUCUCACAAAUGGGAAAUCUUCAGGUCCACAGAAAAAUUCACACUGGAGAGAAACACAACAAAGGGCGGAAUCUGGCACUACACAGGAGCUGCCUUUCCAUGUCUACUAUGGAGAACAAACGAAAUGUGGACAUAAAGGAAGAAGACUGUAAAUGGGAUUCAGUCCAACAUCAGGUGAUGAUUUAUGGCAUUAAGAAAGAAGAGGACUGUAAGUGGGAGCCAGUAGUUAUUAAAGAAGAGUCGGAGCCAACAUCUGUUACCACCGACUUGCAAAAAAAUGAAAUUAUUAACUGGGUCAAGGAAGAAGACGUUAAAUCCGAGCCUGUCACUCAGCAUGUCUGUCAAGAUGAGGAAGUGACUGGAACAGGCACACUGGAAAGCAGACGUCAGGCUGUCCAGGUGAAGACUGAAGCUUUGGAUUACAACGUGGUGAAGAGUGAGACGGCAUCGUGUUCAAUGCAUUCUGAAGAAGAUUUACAAGAAAGUGUCCCAGUGUCUCCAGCUUCAUUUCUUCAGCCGUCUCUUCACUGUACACCACUGCAAGAUGAAAACGUGAAAGGAGGAAAACUUGGAACUCUGCCUGUUGUGAAAUUACAAACUAGAGAUGCAAUCGACACUCAACAGGUGGUGCCUAAUGCCAAUUCUAAGGCUUUGCAUGCUUCCCAGGAGCACAGUAAAACGAUUAUCCCAAAAUCUAAAACCAAACAAAAGAGCAAUCAUGCGAAGAAGAAGUCCUACUGCUGUUCUGAAUGUGGAAAAGCAUUAUAUAAUAGUACAAGUCUCCGGAGACACAACAGAAUCCACACGGGAGAGAAGCCAUAUUGCUGUUCUGAAUGUGGAAGGAGAUUCUCCAAAAGUAGCCACCUUCAGGACCACAAAAGAACUCACACUGGAGAAAAACCAUAUGGCUGUUUUGAAUGUGGAAAACGAUUCUGCAGUAGUAGCAAUCUUCGAAAACAUGCAAGAAUUCAUACCGGAGAAAAGCCAUAUUCCUGCUCGGACUGUGGCAAAGAAUUCUCGCUCAUAUGCAAUCUUCGUGUUCACCGUAGAGUUCACACGGGUGAGAAGCCAUAUAAGUGCUCGGACUGUGGCAAAGAAUUCUCACAAUUAGGCAAUCUUAAGACCCACGGAAGAUUGCACUCUGGAAAAAUCACUUCAGAAAAACAAGCACAUGUCAGGACUCGAGAGUGAGGUUCACUGCUGUCCUGAACGCAAGCAAAUGAAACCACUGGUGAGAAGUUAAACUGAGAGGAGCCACAUGGGUGUUGUGAAUGUGCCAAACUCCCUACUAACGCUAAUCGUCUGACACAGACAAGAAUUUUACACUUGGGAGAAGUUCAUCCCUGCCCUGAAAUGUAACCAAGUCAAACCAUAAUUGAGAAAUAAAUCUCUGAAAGAAGCCCUAUUGCUUUUCUGAACGUGGUGAACGAAUCUUAACCAAUGGCCACCUUCUGUCUCAUACAAGACCUUGUACUGAAUUGAAGCCAUGUUAAUGAUCCAAAUGUGGCAGCAGUUCUCCUGCAACAGUGGGCUUCUUAUCUACAUAAGAAACCAUAAAGGAGAGAAGGAAAAACUACCAUCUCAUAACCUGCCUCUCCACCAGCUAUCAGCUCUUUACAGCAGUGGACUCUGAAUGAACUUAUAAUCAUCUACAUGAAAAUUACAAAAAUGGAACAAUAAAGAUAUACACAACAGAAAAGAUAAACUGCUGUUAAAGUAAUCAUGGAAUUGUACAAAGACAGCAAUCUGAGAGUGGCAUGGAUUAACUAUGAAAAUAAUCCCUUUAUUAGUGUACCAAUUAUCUGGAUACUCUACUGCAGGGGUGGGCAGUGUCGGUCCUGGGAGAGCCACAGUGGCUACUGGUUUUCAUUCCAACCCAGUUGCUUCAUUAGAAACCAAUCCUUUCCAAUUUGAGACCUUAUUUAAUGUUACGGCUUUUUAGUCUGCAAUGUAAGGUUCUUUUAUUGUGUGACAGUAGUAGAACCGCCACCGGGUCUUUUGUCGAUGAGGGGAGCCGGAAGAACCAGCAGCAGCCGCUAUUUAACAAAAUAAAGUACGGUAAAGAGUUAACAGGUGCAGUGCUGAAAGGUUCAUAAAGUGAAGAUCCCCCUAAGACACUUAAUGUUGGCACAUCAUUCCGAUAAAUAUCAGAUUUCUUUUUUGCUAGAUAAUGCCUUCACUUACCAGCUUGGCAGAGACGCGCUAAGUGGUCAGUUGACAAGCAGUUUUCAUGGUACGCGCGCGCGGCUGCACACUCCCUUUAUGCUGCUGCUAAAAGCCGGCAAGCAGCUGAUUUGUCAACAUUUGGGAAGCACAAAACAGGAAAGGGGGAAAACGACUGUAGUACGGGUAUAGUAAUAGUUUUACUUCACUCGUUCAUAUAUAU